AUGAACGCAGCCGGGGAGGUGCAGCGCCUACUACUCUCCGUCCGCAGCCGCCUGCGCAACAGACCGGGGCCGUGCCGAACGAGGUUGUCUCAACAGCACUAUGUAGAGGCAUUCGAGGAGAUGGCCUCUGCAUUUGAUUCCAUGGCUGCGGUUCGCCUGCCAUUGUGCCUGGUGUUCGAUGCUGCGGUCGACCUGGCGCUGGGUCUGCUCAAGCUGGGCUUAGCAGACCUCGCAAUAUGUGUGCUUCACCUGAAGGCACCCGACGCUCGCGACAUUCUGAGGAACGCAUCCACCAACCCGUUGUUCACAAACAGCACUCCAGUCGACAACAGCACACCUUGUCCCAUCUGCAGCCGGCAGCAGAAGGCGGCAGAGGCGGAACGUAGCAGCAGUUUCUCCGGAAGCCUUGAGAAGAUCAACGGAAGCAGCAGCGGGAGACUUGAAAACCUUCACUUGCUGCAUUCCGCAGGCACCUUCGUGCUCCUGAACGCAUGUGCAACCGCAGCUCACUGGUUGCACGAGCGGGAGGACCGCAGCGGCUGUGAGGAGGCGGACCGGCGUGCCUCGGUGUUAGAGCGGAUUGAGUCAUUGCAAUUGUUGCUGUGCGCUUGGAAAGCAGCAAAAGAGGUUGUAGCUCCUGCUGCGCUGCCACUGCAGUUGGAGCGACUCCUGUUCCCUGCUGUGCUGCUGGUGAGCCGACUGUCCGAGAGUUUGGGAUCGAGUGGCUACAGCAGCACUGCAGCGCAACUGCUCAGCAGGUGUCUGUACACUGUAGAGGCCUUUGAGUCCAGGUUUUCGCCUCCUUACUGGACUUUCUGGUGGCAAUUAGCCACACUUUUGUACUCUCGGCGACAGUAUGCAGAAGCUUCGAGAAUCUGUGCUGCAGUUGCAGCAGCCAUUACGCAGGCCCUACAACAGCCUCUGGCUGCAAGGAGAAAGAGGGAAUUCGAAUACAAACAACUACUCUUUGCAGCUAUCCUUAUCAAGUGCAAACUCAGAGAACAAACAAUCACGCCAGUUGAUGCGUUGGACGAGCUGCAAAACGCUGUGAAGAUGUUCACGUCGAGUGUGUGGGCAGACCAAGAUGCUUCAACGCUGCCACAAACCCGAGCCGGGCGAGCUGCUGCUGCUGCAGUCCGGCCCAACAACGGCGACGUUGGCACAGCCAAAUGCAAUUCUCUCGAGCAGCAGAUUCGCAAGCUUGCAUUUGCUUCGCAUGCGUUCGAAAGCAGCUCUGCAUCUGCAGCGCCUAACCUGUUUCUGGAUGGAGGGCAGUCUGCCGCAUACCGGAGUCUCCUCCUGUCGCUGGGCCUCGUGUUGCUGCAACCGGAGGGCCAGUGGAACCGCGGAUCCCCUGUUUGGGGCUUGGGGAGCAGCAAUUACUGGGAUGCAUGCAGCCGCACCAGCAACGCACAGAUCGAUGGCACUUUGCAUGCAGGCGAUGCAGAGUUCUCAGGCAGCAGAAGCCCCGCUUCGAGAAGACGCGACGAGGCGAAGGGCUCCCGUAAGAAGAAGCUCACCGCUGCUUCAGCAACCUCGGGAGCUGGUGCUGCAGCAGACAGCAAUAACAUCAGCACGUUUUCAGAGGCUCUGCUGCUGAAGCUGCUUGAUGUCGCCGAUCCAAUUCUUGGUGAUUUCCUGGCAGCAGCCACGAAACUGGAUAUGGUGUUCAAGACAGAGUGCCGGGGGGGAUCCUCCGACCCCAAGACGGCAGCAUCAGCAGCUACAGCAGCAACAGCAGGUUCUCAUGACUCUGGUGGGCACAUGCGCAAGAAGCCUUCCCGGCAGUCUGCUGCCGUCGGACAAAGUGUACCAGCAGCCACAGCAGCUGCAGGAGGCUCUGGUGUUUGUGACGAGUCUCUUAGAGAACUAGUCCGAGCAGCUCAACGCGCUGCUGCCUCGUUGCCGCUUUGUGUACACCUGGAACUCCUGUGGCGCCUUGCGGAGGGCGAGGAUAUCCUGCCUCCUGGGAAGCUGUUGAGGUGCUGGCGUGCCCUCGAAUAUCGGCUCAUCUACAUGAACUUCUUCCAGCCGCCAGUGACGGAGCUUGAGGUGUUUGAAUUGGAGGGGGAGUUGGCAGGGGAUGGAUUGAUGUCCACACAGCCGCUGGAGCUGCAACAGCAGCAGCUUCAGAAGCUAGAGGAGCUGCUACGACAGGGCUGGGGGCUCGCCAGUUGCUGCGACUUGCAGGGGCUGCGACCUCUGGAGGAGAUUACUGUGAUAUCAGGUGUACGUACAGAUGAACAACGGCUGCAAACCAGGGGCUCGCAACAGCAACGGAUUUCAACGCUGGAAGCGCAGAUGGCUGCUGCUGCUUCAGCAGAAGCUGAGAAAGACACAGAUGGGGAAUUGAAAAAUCAAGCAACCAACAACGUAAAGCAGAAACAACUCAUCAGACUCCUUCUGGCGCGUCGCUGGGACUGGGAAGCUGACCUGCGCUCCAGUGCAGCAUCAGCUGCAAGUGUUGCUGCAGCCACUGCAGCUGCAGCUGGUGCUGCGAGCGCUGCUGCCUUGGCCAACUCCGACGGAGCGCACACCCAGGAGCAUGGUGAAGGCCUUGUGCAAAACGUAGGUGCAUAUACAGGCUGCACUGCAGCAGACUUGAGCAGCAGUUUGCCGCUUAUCUGCGGAAUGCAGCUCAUUGCUGCCAAGAGUUAUGAGGAUGCUGCAGCAAAGUACAAGGCCGAAAUACGCAGGAUGGAGGCACCAUCUCCGUGGGAAGCAGUGACCGCAGCACCAGCACCAGAGACAACAGCUCCAGCUAAUGUUCUUGAAGACGCAUAUGAGUCUGGGAAUUCAGCAGAGUCACUGCAAUGCGAGCAGGUGCUUCAGGCUGUCUACGGCAUAACUUGCGAUGGGGAACGGCCCCCAUUGCCUCUACGGCUGCUACUGCGGCAGCACCAGCAACAACAACAGCAGCAGCAGCAACAGCACAAGCUGCUGCAGCCUGUCUCGAAUGCGCUGGCGGUAUUUCACGAGGUUUUGGCUCCGUCCGAAGGAGCAGAAUUCGGAGGAACCGCUAAGGAUGCAGACGCAGGUGCUGCUUGUCUCAAGAUACCCCACUUGCAGCGACAAGCUAAAGGCUCCGAAGCUGCAACUGCAGAGCCCACAACAGUGCAUGUGCUACAGCUCCGACAAUCUUCGGCAGGUCCAGCGGGGAAUCAUGAGUUUCUCGUUUAUACUAAGGUUGCAGCAGGAUGUGCGAUUUCUCCUGUGGAUUCGGGUUUUGCUCAAGAUGACAAGAGCACCACCAGGGAGGGUUCUCCCUCACGGGGGCCCCUAACUGACGAAACGUUUCCAGAGCCGAUGCAAUGGCGGCUCCAGGGGAACCCUCGUUCGGUGCUGCAGAGCUGCCUCGGUGUACACCUUACUGUGUUGUGUGCCCCUGUCGAGUCGUUGCCUUGGCUGUCGCCACCUUUUCCGCAUUUUAACGUUUUGUUCAAUCUGCCCAACCGCAAGCCACCCACGCUGGAGGCGGCGCUGGAUGGGCGUGGCGAACCGUCAGUUCCUCCAAAGGCGCCUUUCGUCUCUGCUGCAGCUUUAAGAGAUACCACCAACAGCAACAACAACAACAGCAGCAGCAGCAGCACGCUAGUCAGAAAUCCUUCGUUGCAUGGAGAAGGGGAGGUAAACGCCGAGCUCAGGCUCAACCUCGCGUUGGAGGUGACAGCCCUCUGGACUGAAGCGUACACCACAGGUGGCCUCGAGGAGCUGCUGAAGACAUCCUGCAGCGAAUACCUAAGCGAAGUAUUGCUCACAAUGUGGCACGGCCAUAUUCUUCCUCUUGCGAACAUCCUGCUUGCUGCUGGCGCGUCGGGAGACAGAGACGGCAGUCUGGCUUAUCCACGAGCUGCAGAUGCGCAGUUGUCUGCUGCUGCUGAUGGUUUCGGCCUGCUGCUGCUGCUCUACAAGGCAGCACAGCAGAUGGCUUUUCUGAUGACCAAAUGCCGUUUUAAUUUUAUGAGACCACUGGCAGCAGCAGCAGUGCUCUUGUUUCAUUUGACGCAGCGAUACCCCCACCUCUCAAGCGGGGAGGCCUCCCGAGUGGCGGAGCUGUUGAGGGGUUUGAUAGAGCGGGCGGAGGCCUCAGCUUGUGAACUGGCGGCCCCUCUAGUAGAAGCUGUAGGAGCAGCAGCAGCAGCCCCAGCAGCGCCAGCAGCAGAGGCAGCAGCAGCGGCAGCAGCAGCAUCCGCGCUGCUGGCCUCCGCGGAUCCAGCGGUGUAUUGGGAGCAGCAAGGCACAGGGGAAGCGGUUGACCAGGAAGAUACGUUGGAAAGAGACAGCAUACAAGUUGUGCAGGACGGAAUCAAAACGUCAAAUGGGAAGCAACUGCAGGAUGAGUUGCUGGUGCACCAUCAGCAGGAGCAGCAGCUGAAGGUGCACACACGCGCUUCUCCCACAUGGGAUGCAGAGCCUGCAGAGGCCUGGACACUCCUCUGCCAAAUGUAUGAACUGGAAGCGCGGCUGACAGCUAAACCACUCCACGAUCCACCGUCUGCUACUUCCUCUGCGAGACUUCGCGCUGCUCCAGGAGAGGAGGAGAAGGGUAGCAGCAAUACCAGGAGUAACAGAGGCACAACUGUUGCUAGCACCAAGGCGGAAGGUGCAGCUGCUUCCGCUGGCCUACAGGAGUGUGGUGCUGGGGAAGGCAGCACUCACCAAGUGGUGCAGAUACAGCGGCUGAAGCAGCAGUGUGGGCUGAACUGCUACCGGCGUUGUUUAUAUCUCUGUGCUCUGGCCGAUCUGCUGCCCCCAGAAACGGCUGCUGCUUCCGCUGCAGCAGCAGACGUGGAGGCUACACUGGCUGCCAAACUCGAAAGCAGAUGGGAAGCAGCAACAGCGGACGUGGCUACAGCUGCUCGCGCCGCAGCAACAGCAACAACAGAAUCAGCAGAAGCAACCGAGUCCAAGUCCUUGUCUGUGUCAGCAGCACGCAGCGCCGCCAGCAGCAGCAGCAACAGCAGCGGGGCUUCGAAAAGGCACCGACAGCUGGGGGCACCGCUGAUGGUUGGACGGGGACCCCAAUUUAUGCUGCUGAGUCUUCCUGCUGCUGCCGCUGCAGGGGGAGUACCUGCUGAAGCCUCAGGUAGGCCCUGGCACGUGUUGUAUGGGGGACCCGUGCGUACUCACGGGGGCCUUGGGGUAUCUCGGCACCAGAAGGCAGUGGCCGGCACUGGGCUGCGGUUUGAGCCUUCUAGUUUGAUUCGAAUUCACCAACUUAAAGAUACAGAAGCAUACGCAGUUGCAUACGAAGAGGUACGAGGUGGGCGCCCCUCGGAUUUGAGUGAUACAACACUGCCACUGAGUUGCAGCACUCCUCUCCCUCUGGCGAUGCUCAAGGCUCGUAUAUACACCGCAGCGCUUCGCUGCUCGCUCCCCCGCAUUGCAGAAGCGGUCCUCAGCGACCUGUGGAGCUACAUCGCUACGACUGAGGGGGGGCUCAAGGGUAAAGCCCCCAAGCGACACAAAUUGAGGGAGAAUGCUCUCCGCCGAUUGCCCCCUGCUGUCCUCCGCUCUAUUGCCGACAGCGUGGUUUGCUCGUUCCGUGUGCGGCGUCCCUUGCCUUGCCCUGUGGUGUCGAGAUUGGAGCUGGUGUUGGGUCUUCAGCAGGUGUACAGACAAUCGGUUAAUUUCCAAGUGGCCGUAAUGGGGCGCAGCACAGACGUCGCUGAAGAGCAGUUGUCUUUGCUACUGAACUCAUUGUCUACCAUUCUCUCAUCCCUUUCGUCCUUCCCCCCCGACCUCCUCUCACCCCUCCUGCGCUCCUUUGCAGCUCUUAAUACAACUCCUUUCGAUGGAGCAAGACCCCAAACAAGAGCAGCAGAGGCAGCUCUCCUUGGGUUUGCUAGUCUCGCAGCAGCUCAGUUGCAGAUACCUUUAAUUAGUGGGUUGGUGCAGAAACGCCUGCCGCGGUGUCUCACGCUGCCUGCUUCAGCUGGCGUUCUGCUGAAUCCUGCAGAAAAACGACUGAUUCUCAGCUCUUGGUUAUCUGCAUGCAUCGCUGCAGCAACCUCUGGUGUUUUGCAGAGAAGCCCCACAGCUGCGGCCUUGUUAGAAACGCUCCCGAUGCCAGCAUGGCUAUGCGACAGCCGCAGCAGCGAUGGCAAGCAACUUGGCACGCUGCUUCUCUCCGUGCUGCUGGCAGCCCCUGCAGAGCUUCCGUCUGCGUUGCAACGGCUAGCUGAGAGUGAGAAAACUCUCUUCAAGUCCCAUUUGGAGAAAGAAGAAAAUUCUGCUGCUGUGUUGCACAUUAUCAGCUCUGUGUUUUGCUUCGGCCUGAAGCGCCGCUUGCGCGAGACACAGUGGAGAGACAGUGCAGACGCAGAAGACCUUGUGGCAGAGGCACAAGCAGCAACUGAAUCUGCAAUGCCUACUGCUGCUGCUACACUCCGCUUCUACACAGAAACCCUCGCGCAUCUGUAUUCUGCAGCAGCGGAGCCUCUGGUGGAGUGGCUAAAUGCCGAUGAUCUCCGGGACCAGCGGACACCAGCGCAGCUGCCUCAACCCAUUCCUGCAGUCGGCAACGGCCUGGCAACAGGCGUAGCAGCAACAGGGAAAGGGGUGUCUGCUCAGGACACAGCUGCUCAGGUUCAAGCUCUCCGUCAACAGGAAGUGGCACUGGAACGGCGACUGCGAACUGCACGAGCGGAUGUGAGGCAAAUGGCGCUGCAGCAGACAGCAGAACUUCAGUCGCUCUCGCAGCUAUCAUCUCUCCUGCUCGCAGCACCCCUCGAAGUUAUUUCAGCUCACAGACGAGCACUAGCCUCGCCCUCCCUACCAACAGACAAUACCAGUAACAGCAACAGCGACAGCAGCACCACCACCAACGACGACGACAACGACAAAAGCAGCAGCAGAAACAGAAGCAGCACCAACAGGACCAACUGCAGGAAACAGCAGCACAUUCCUUAUGGCUUCUUCGACUUCGACGCGAUUGCUGCCGACCCGCUGUUUCAGCCAAGCACAGAUGAAUCAACAGCUGCAGCAGCAGCUGCAGCAGCAGGAAGCUCAUCUGAAACGGAAGACGCAGGCCACGAAAACACUGUGCAUGCAAAUACAGUUACUGCCUCCUCCGCAGCAGUGCCAGCAGCAGGAGGUGCACCUGGAGGUGCACCAGGAGCAAACGACUGCGCAGCAGUUUGGAGUGCCGUUAUGCUGCUCUUUCAGCGGGGUGCGACAGCGGCGUCUUGUGCUGUUGCAGCUAACGCUCCGCUUCUGGCAUAUUCAACUAUUAUUCACCUAGGCAAUGCUUUGUUUUUCCUUCAUUUAGAGGCCAGGUUUGGUGCUGCCCUCCUGGAGGAACUCUCGUGCACGCGGUGCGUAGACACCGCUUCACUGGCAGAGUCUACUGCUUCUCCCGGCCUGGAGCCCUUUGUCGCACCGACAGCUCGAGACGGCAACCGGGUGGCAGAUGGGGCUGCAGCUGCAGCAGUAGCAGCAGCGGCCAACAGCAGGCAGUCAAAGCGAGGAGAUCUGAAGAAUAUCUCGAGGCCUCUGGGGUCUGUGAGCGCGGCGGUCGCAGCAGCGAGGGGGUAUAGAGGGCAGCAGCAACAGCAGCAGCAGAGCGCAGAAGCCAAGCCUCAUAUUCCUUUGUCAGUAGCGGCGGGGGUAGUGGCUCAAGCAUGCAGCGAUCUCCUGUACCUCUUGCUGCAGCAGCACCUACUGGCAACGGAGAAAGAUGAGCUUAGCGUCCGUGAAAUCGAAGCAAUCCUCAGCGCAACUGGUGUUUCUCCAGCAGACGACUCCCCGGCGCCCACCUCCACUUUUCUGCAGGCCACAGAGGAAGCAGCAGCAGAUGGCAGCAGCGGUGUCACCAGCUCAGAAUCUGCAAGUCGUCAGGUGUUGAUUUGCCAACAAGCAUUCGAUGUGCAGAAGAUAAACACGUGUUUAGGCCUCUGGGCGCAACAGCAGCUCCUGGUUGCCAAACAAACAGCGGUUAAACGAGCUCGCCAGUACCUAAACGCAGCCGUCAGGGAACAUACCGCUGCAGAAGAGAAACUCGCACAGGCCUCCACUUUGGCAGCAGAAAAGGAGCCCCAAGAACCCGCACCUGCGGCGGCUGUGUCUAAGCGAAGGACAACAAAAGGUUUCGAUGCCAAAGGGGAUACUAUCCUGCCUACUUCCUCUAUUACUACAGCAGAAGAAGCAGCCAAAGCAGCUGAAGAGAUCAGAAAGUUCUGGGAAGAACGCACAAAUGCUAUGGUGGCGUCGCUCGCCAAACAGCAGCAGCUAGCCGUCCAGCUGCAGCAGGAGCUGAACCGCCAGCAUGUGGCUCCGAACCCAGCCAACGCCCUUCUCCUUAGCCUCGACAAGGCGCGAAAGGCCCUGUGGGAAUCCAAGUCCAGCAACGGAGAUCCGUCUACUCUAGGGCAGCUGUUGCAGAGAGUGCUUCGGCAGCAUCAGAAGGCAGUUCAUCUUUUGCGUCGAGAGAAGCAGUUUGAGGGCUUAUGCGGCGUGCUCUGUCGGUUGGGGGACUUGGCGUGGCUGGGGUCGCAGCAAGACGUUGCAUGCAGCGCUUGGCAAGAGGCAGUAGAGGCGUGCUUUUGGCGCCGCAACAUGCUCCAGGAGUGGGUGUACCUUGAUGAUGACUUUUUUGCCCCUGACAUAAAACAAGUCGACAUUCGCAUGCGAAGCUUUCUGCCGCUGUACCGCUGGGCCCGACUCACACACAGAAGAUCGCUGCACCAGCAGCUGCAUGCAGCGCUACUGGCGUCCCGUAUUCUUUGCGGAGUGCUGGAAACAGCAGCAGACUAUCCUCUGAAUAGUGCACAUAAAAGGGAGAGCAGUAACAACGAUACAUUGGCAGCAGCAGCAGCAAAGCAGCUGUAUGCAGGACGAAGCGACGGUGGCGUCAUUAGAUACCGCAUGAAACAGCUGCACUCACAUCUCAACUUCUUGCCCGCCUCAGUUCUCUCGCCUGCAGCUGAAGGCAGUAGCAGCAGCAGCAGCGCCGCGGCAGAGCUCGUAGAAGCGCUUGUUUGGUUUGCUUGCGUGCUGCGGUGCUGCGACUUCACACGAGAAAAAGCCUUUCCUCUCAUCGCCUCAGCAGAAUUUGUGGCAGCAGAUAUUUGCCGGAAUGUACCCAUGGCCGUCCACUGCCGGCUUGUGCGCACUUUGCUCUGCAUCGACUGCGGGGAUCUGCAGGCUGCCUAUUGGCAGUUGCGUGAGAUAGGACUUGGAGUAGGGACAGCAUUUGCUUCUCUGUCUGAACGCGGCGAGUUUCCGGGGUCGGUGUUCUCUGGGGGUGACUUUGCGGCGGUUGCUGCUGCUACUGCCGACCCCACUACUGCUUCUGGUGGUUUCAAUGAGCGCCUGACGAACAGCAGCAGCAACGUGUACACCAGCAAUCAACAGCAAAUGCCUGCUCAGGGCUUUACUAACUCACAAACAGGCAGUGCGCAGAGGAACGUCGCUGCACGAGAAGAUCUCUGGAACUGGAAACUAGACGGGCAAGCACUCUUCGCCUUCGUUCAUUCAUGCAUGCACUCACAGUAA